CAACCUGUCGCUCAGGUUCCUCCUCUCCCGGCCCCGCCCCGGCCCGGCCCCGCCGAGCGUCCCACCCGCCCGCGGGAGAACUGGCGCCGCGGCCGAGGCGCGAACAGACGGACGCACGGGCGAGCGCCGAGGGGACAGGCCGAGCGCGGGGCACCGGAGGCAGGUGUGGGACAGGCACUGGCCUCAGACCGGGGCCACACUGAGGUCUGCCCUUCUCCCGCUGGCCGCCACCCAGGACACCAUGAGCCAGUCCGGGGCCAUGAGCUGCUGCCCGGGUGCCACCAACGGCAGCCUGGGCCGGUCCGACGGUGUGGCCAAGAUGAGCCCCAAGGACCUGUUUGAGCAGAGGAAGAAGUAUUCCAACUCCAACGUCAUCAUGCACGAGACCUCGCAGUACCACGUCCAGCACCUGGCCACAUUCAUCAUGGACAAGAGUGAAGCCAUCACGUCUGUGGACGACGCCAUCCGGAAGCUGGUGCAGCUGAGCUCCAAGGAGAAGAUCUGGACCCAGGAGAUGCUGCUGCAGGUGAACGACCAGUCGCUGCGGCUGCUGGACAUCGAGUCUCAGGAGGAGCUGGAAAACUUCCCGCUGCCCACCGUGCAGCGCAGCCAGACGGUCCUGAACCAGCUGCGCUACCCGUCUGUGCUGCUGCUCGUGUGCCAGGACUCCGAGCAGAGCAAGCCUGAUGUCCACUUCUUCCACUGCGAUGAGGUGGAGGCAGAGCUGGUGCACGAGGACAUCGAGAGCGCGUUGGCCGACUGCCGGCUGGGCAAGAAGAUGCGGCCGCAGACCCUGAAGGGACACCAGGAGAAGAUUCGGCAGCGGCAGUCCAUCCUGCCCCCUCCCCAGGGCCCGGCGCCCAUCCCCUUCCAGCACCGCGGCAGGGACUCCCCGCAGGCCAAGAAUCGCGUGGGCCCGCAGGUGCCACUCAGCGAGCCAGGUUUCCGCCGUCGGGAGUCGCAGGAGGAGGAGCCGCGGGCCGUGCUGGCUCAGAAGAUAGAGAAGGAGACGCAAAUCCUCAACUGCACCCUGGACGACAUCGAGUGGUUUGUGGACCGGCUGCAGAAGGCGGCCGAGGCUUUCAAGCAGCUGAACCAGCGGAAGAAGGGAAAGAAGAAGGGCAAAAAGGGGCCAGCAGAGGGCGUCCUCACACUGCGGGCACGGCCCCCCUCUGAGGGCGAGUUCAUCGACUGCUUCCAGAAAAUCAAGCUGGCGAUUAACUUGCUGGCAAAGCUGCAGAAGCACAUCCAGAACCCCAGCGCCGCGGAGCUUGUGCACUUCCUCUUCGGGCCUCUGGACCUGAUCGUCAACACCUGCGGUGGCCCAGUCAUCGCACGCUCUGUCUCCUGCCCACUGCUCUCCCGAGAUGCCGUGGACUUCCUGCGCGGCCACCUGGUCCCUAAGGAGAUGUCGCUGUGGGAGUCACUGGGAGAGAGCUGGAUGCGGCCCCGCUCCGAGUGGCCGCGGGAGCCCCAGGUGCCCCAGUACGUGCCCAAGUUCCACAGCGGCUGGGAGCCUCCCGUGGAUGUGCUGCAGGAGGCCCCGUGGGAGGUGGAGGGGCUGGCGUCUGCCCCCAUCGAGGAGGUGAGUCCAGUGAGCCGACAGUCCAUACGAAACUCCCAGAAGCACAGCCCCACUUCAGAGCCCACCCCCCCGGGGGAUGCCCUACCACCAGUCAGCUCCCCACAUACUCACAGGGGCUACCAGCCAACACCAGCCAUGGCCAAGUACGUCAAGAUCCUGUACGACUUCACAGCCCGAAAUGCCAACGAGCUAUCGGUGCUCAAGGAUGAGGUCCUAGAGGUGCUGGAGGACGGCCGGCAGUGGUGGAAGCUGCGCAGCCGCAGCGGCCAGGCGGGGUACGUGCCCUGCAACAUCCUAGGCGAGGCGCGGCCCGAGGACGCCGGCGCCCCCUUCGAGCAGGCCGGUCAGAAGUACUGGGGCCCCGCCAGCCCGACCCACAAGCUGCCCCCAAGCUUCCCGGGGAACAAAGACGAGCUCAUGCAGCACAUGGACGAGGUCAACGACGAGCUCAUCCGGAAAAUCAGCAACAUCAGGGCGCAGCCACAGAGGCACUUUCGCGUGGAGCGCAGCCAGCCCGUGAGCCAGCCGCUCACCUACGAGUCGGGUCCCGACGAGGUCCGCGCCUGGCUGGAAGCCAAGGCCUUCAGCCCGCGGAUCGUGGAGAACCUGGGCAUCCUGACCGGGCCGCAGCUCUUCUCCCUCAACAAGGAGGAGCUGAAAAAGGUGUGCGGCGAGGAGGGCGUCCGCGUGUACAGCCAGCUCACCGUGCAGAAGGCCUUCCUGGAGAAGCAGCAAAGUGGGUCGGAACUGGAAGAACUCAUGAACAAGUUUCAUUCCAUGAAUCAGAGGAGGGGGGAGGACAGCUAGGCCCCGCUGCCGUGGGCGGGGGCCUGCGGAGGGGAAGCCCACCUGCAAUGCAUGGAGUAUUAUUUUUAUAUGUGUAUGUAUUUUGUACCAAGGACAUGGAGGGGGUGUGGUGCUGGCUAGGGGUUCCUGCCCCUGUCCGGAGGCACAAGGCCCAUCCUUAGACCCAGCAGUACCCAAGGCCCCAGCCCACACCAAGACCAAUCUCAGCCAAACCUGCCGCCUGGUGGUGCCGGCCCCUUGUCCACCCUCCCCUGAGGCCACAGAACUCCCUGGGGCUGGGCCCUCUUUCUCUGGCCUCCCCUGUGCACCUGGGGGGUCCUGGCCCCUGUGAUGCUCCCCCAUCCCCACCCACUUCUACAUCCAUCCACCCCCCAGGGUGGGCUGGAGCUCCAGGCUGAGCCCCACACACACGCAGGGCUCUGCUCCCUGAGGGGGGCGUGGGAGGGGCUCCAGCAGGAGGCCGUGGCUGCCAUUCCGGGGAAAGUGGGGGAAUGACACACGCUUCACCUGCAAGGGCCGAGGAUGCAGGGGACACCGUGCCGGCUUCAGACACUCCCAGCACCCACCCUCACAGGCCCAGGACUGGAGCUUUCUCCGGCCAAGUUUCAGGCCAAUGAUCCCUGCAUGGUGUUGGGGAUGCUGGUGUGUCUUGGUGCCUGGACUUGAGUCUCACCCUACAGAUAAGAGGUGGCUGAGGCACCAGGGCUAAGCAAUUAAAUCAGUUAAGUCUCCCAGGA